AUGUUCCAAUAUGAAGAUUUAAUGUGGCUGAUCAGCUUCCCGCUGGUGUGUGCCGUCAUGCUGUGGUUCUCCCUCGAUCUCGCGGUGCUCGUGCGCGUGGGCGGCGGCCGUCGUCGUCGCAGCAACGCCCGUCGCGCGAUUGAGCGUUUGAUCAUGAGCAGCCCGGUGUGCGCCCCAACGUCGGUCGAGUCGUCACGCUCGUCACCAGCGACGCCGACUGGCGCAUCAACCGAGCCCGUAGCACAACGCGGCAGCGCGGCAGCUUCUCUGCCGGAGCGAGAGGCGAGCAACAACAAUAACAGUAGUAGCAGCGCAGAAGGUGAGUAUUCAACGCGGCAGAACGCGACAACACUCCCUUCUUCCUCCUCCACCCCAUACGCGCAUCGACAGCCGCAGCGCUAUCAGAAAGUGCGACUCGUGACUGUGCCAGCAGCGCUGCGUAUCGCAACUCGUGCUGUGGUGCGCCGCGCCGUUGUUAUGGUGGGCGGCGACUUCGCUCGAUCACCGCGCAUGCAGUACCACGCCGCCAGCCUGGCCCGCAGCGGCCUCUUUGACGAAGUUUUGCUUGUCGGGUUAGACUGUGGCAAUCAGCUGAGCGAAGACCUGCUGAUGAGCGGCGAGCCGCAGCCGGAGCGCUUCGUGACCCGUGAGGGGACAACGAAGAACGGCAUGGAGCACGCCGUCUACGAUGUACAGGCGCGAGUCUGCUCACCUGCGGUCCACGCCGGCCACGGCUGUAUCAUCUCCACGCGCUACCUAACGCGUCCGCCGUCGCCGCCCGAGUGGUUCCAGGCGGUCUUUCCAUUGCGCUCUCUGCACUGGGCUGUGUGCACCCUCUACCGGUUUGUGGCACUCACGCUGCUGUUUGGCGUGCAGAUGGCACGGGUGACCGCGAUGCGCAUCAGCGGGCACGGCCAACUGUUCGUGACGGACCUCAUCAUGAUUCAAACCCCGCCAGCCGUUCCCUUUGUGCCGUUGGUGAAGUACGUGGUCUGCCCCUUUGCGUUUCUGUACAACAUGUUGCUGUACUACGGUGUGGUGGUGCCGGCUGCGUGGAUGCACCCGGAUGCGAUGCGUGAUAUGCGGCGCGAGUGCCGGCUGCAGUCACAUCGUUUUCGCGCACAAGCAGAGGAAACCCACGUCGACGGUGCGGAUGAUGCUGGUCGGGGAGCAGAGCCCCGCGCUGUGGUGCCCCGGCCCUCGCGCAUUCGGCCGUGGGUCUUCUACCCCGCUAUUGUGGUGGACUGGCACAAUUACGGCUACACGAUCCUGGAGCAGAACGGGCGACCCACCGCGGCGGUAGAGCUGUACAAGCUGUUCGAAGUGCACCUCUGCGCCGGCGACGUGAACGUGACGGUGAGUCGAGCCAUGCGGCAUUCUCUUGAGUGCUUCUACCCCUGGCUGAAGUCCCGGGCAGCUGCGGCGUCUCCGCUAUCCUCGCUUGCGGCUCGGUCUUACCAAUUUGUCAGGGGAAAGCCGCACAAGGCAGCAGUGGAGAGCACAACCACAGCAGCAGCAGCAGCAUCGUUGUCAUCGUCAUCGUCAUUGUCGUUAUCAACGAGUGCGGUGACGGUGCUCUAUGACGUCGCCCCGUCCUUCUUCCGGCCAGUCUCACGUCGACGCUGCGUCCGCGACGUGCUCGAUCGGCUGUUGCGGCGCCACGCUACCUCUCCCAGCACCCCUGCGGCUGCCAGCAGCAGCAACAACGGCACGAGUGCAGUGGCUGCCGGGUCCUACACGUUGGUGAGUGCAUCGGAGUUGGAAAACAUGGGCUGGGGCAUCGCAGGGCCGCCGCCGUGGGUGUACGCGGAGGCGGCAGCGGAAUCGCCAUCUUCGUCGCAUGAAUCACCCUCUUCACCGUUGUCGCCGUCUGCCGUUUUCGGCCCGUCCACUGCCGGUGCUGCUGCCCCUCGCAAAGGAAUUGUUAUGGUCGGCUCGACGAGUUGGACCGAGGAAGACGACUACUCCGUGCUCAUCCGCGCCCUUCGACGACUGGAUCACCGCCUGAACCACGCCGUAGGCACCUACUGCAGCACCAACGGCAACAGUACCAAUGGCAGCAGCAGCUUUGCUCAGUGCAACGCGGCCCCGCUGGACUUGUGGGUGCUGAUCACCGGCAAAGGCCCCGCAAGGAGGCGGUUUGAAGAGGCGGUUCGAGCAGCGAAGCUGUCGGCGCACGUCGUGGUGAGCACCUACUACGCCCAGUCGUAUAAAGAGUACAGCGUGCUUGUGGGCGCCGCGGAUGUGGGCUUCUGCCUGCAUCUCUCUUCCAGCGGCCUGGACUUACCCAUGAAGGGGGUAGACAUGGUCGGCGCGGGUUUGCCGGUGAUUGCACUACAGUACCCCGCGAUAGAGGAGCUCAUGGGUGGCGUCACACGGGUUCUGGUGCAGACACGCGCGGCUGGCAGUAGCAGCAGUGCGGCCCGCCACGGCGUGAGCGUGCCCGCCGCGUUGGUUGAGUGCGAGCGGGGGUGGGUAUUCCGCGGCGACGUCGAUUUGGAGGCGCUGCUCUCCAGCUUUGUAGGGCUUCCGGGUGGUGAGAGAACAGGAAGUUUGAUGGACGGGGGCGGGGGCCGCGGCGGCAGCGACUCGGUGGCCUUGACGCCAACUCCUCUAAGUGUCAUGAAGCGUAAGGCGUUGGAGGCUCGUCUGCACGCUCCCACGUGGGCUGACAACUGGACACGGGUGCUUCUGCCGGUGCUGCAGCAGGUGGUGUGA